AUGCAGAAGCUCCAGCUCGCCAGCCCGACCGCGGUGUCCGUCCCGGCGCUCUUCCUCUUCGUCCUCUUCCUGCUCGCCGCGCGCCAGCAACGCUCGCUCCUCGACACCUACAGGUCCGGGUUCGCCUCCGUUUCCUCGUCGGGGUCGCCGCGGCUCGAGCCCGGGCGUCCUGCCGUCGCCCGGGUGCCCAAGGGAUGCGACAUUUUCCGGGGCGAGUGGGUGCCGGAUGACGGCGGCGAGCCGUACUACACGAACCGGACCUGCCCGCUGAUCCAGGAGCACCAGAACUGCAUGAAGUACGGCCGCCCCGACCUCGGCUUCCUUAGGUGGCGCUGGCGGCCGGCGCAGUGCGAGCUCCCCCGGUUCGACGCGGCGGCCUUCUUCGACGCCGUCAGGGGCCGCUCCAUGGCCUUCGUCGGGGACUCGCUCGCCAGGAACCACAUGCAGUCCCUCAUGUGCCUCUUGUCCAAGCUGGAGUACCCCAAAGACAUUUCCACGACGAAAAACCAAGAAUUCAGGACAUUGUACUACGAGUCUUACAACUUCACCAUCUCCACCUUCUGGUCGCCGUUCCUCGUCAAGGCGAACCAGUCCGACGCCGACUACGGCAGCGGUCGGCUGUGGAAUAUCUACCUCGACGAGCCGGACGACGCCUGGCUGCCCGGCGUGGCGGGCGCCGACUACCUCGUCCUCUCGGGCGCGAACUGGUUCACGCGGCCGUCCCUGUUCUACGAGUCCGGCCGCCUCGUCGCCUGCCACUACUGCCUCGUCCCGGGCGUGCCGGACCUCACGCUGCGGCACUCGCAGCGGGUGGCGUUCCGCACGGUGCUGCGGGCGGUCACGAGCCACCCGGGCUUCAACGGGACGGCGAUCGUGCGGACGGUGUCGCCGACGCACUUCGAGGGCGGGGAGUGGAACAAGGGCGGCGACUGCCGGCGGACGCGGCCGUACGCGGCGAACGAGACGCGCAUGGCCGGGCUGAGCCUCGACUUCCACACGGCGCAGGUGGAGGAGUUCGCGCAGGCGGAGGAGGCGGCCAGGAGGAGAGGAGGGGGAGGCGCGAGGCUGGUGCUCAUGGACACCACGGCGGCGAUGCUGCUCCGGCCGGACGGCCACCCGAGCCGGUACGGGCACUGGGCGCACGAGAACGUGACCCUGUAUAAGGACUGCGUGCACUGGUGCCUGCCGGGCCCGAUCGACGCGUGGAACGAGAUGCUGCUCCAGAUGGACAUCUCCAACGUUGGCCUUCAAAACGGACGCAGUAUCUGUCCGCGGACAGUGACGUAA